AUGUCGACUCGCAAACCCGUCAGGAUCCGCAAGCUCAACACAAAGACGGCCCUACAGGUCCUACGGGAAGACCAAAUAGACCGCAACGAAUAUGAUUCACUUACAACAGAUGCUCAAAUUGCUACAGGCGUUGAAUCAAAUGAAGAACAGGAAAUUCAUUUGCAGGCGGUGCUCAAGGGAGCAGGAGCAAGUACCGACAAUGAGAUUCCUGUGCCUCCGCCUCAGGAGAGCGAUGUCAGCUAUGACGAGUUAUACUCAACUCCGUACAUAGAGCCUCGCAAUUACAUCAGGUUCUCAGAUACCGUGGAGGAGACUUUGGGUAGUCUUUAUGACAUGACAACUGAGGAUGAAGAGUAUCUCAAAACCUACAAUGCCAAGAGGGCGUCCAAACUGUCCGACGAUGACUUUGAACGCAUCAUGGAGCUAUUCGAGAUGACUGCGUCAGAGCAAACUCCUUACGCUGCAGUGGACAACACGAUAGUUCCGUACGAGGUUAUGGUCCAGCACAUGGCGCAUUCUCCUGUUGUCAAGUUACAGACUCAUACCAAACAAGUUUAUGAGUACUGGAAAACUCGACGGCAGGACAAUGCGAACAAGCCGCUGCAUCCAUCUCUCAAGUUCGAAACCCAUCAGGAGCAUGAUGACUUGGACCCCUAUGUCUGUUUCCGAAGGCGUGAAGUCCGCCAGACAAGGAAGACCAGAGCACGCGACGUGCAAAUCGCCGACAAGCUGAAGAAGCUGCGGAGAGAACUAGAAGACGGUCGUCAGCUCGUCCUUCUAUCACACCAACGUGAAGUGCUGAAGAAGGAAUUGUUAAACACAGAGAGAUUUCUCUUCGAGCAUCGUGCCAAACUCAAAGAAAGGAAGGUUCGACUUGGUAUCAAGGCUGAUGACGAGGACUUAUUGUAUAACACCAAGCCUCAAAAGCGCAAAAUCAGCGAAGUCCAACAUCCAGUCCGAGGCGCGCCCCAUCAACGCCUUUCUUUGCCGGUUCCUCGAGAAAGCCGCGCUGUGGAACAGGACCUUGUCCAACUAUCGGAUAAGCAGAAGGAACAGUAUGCGGAGUUCUUCCGGGAUAUUGAAUCCAAGGCACAACACCAUCGGCACUGGAACAAUGGUCAUAUCGAUCUGACCGAACGACCUCUGUCUCCCGUCAAGGAAGAGCAACACCAGAACUUCAGACCAGCGAAAGCUGUGUUUCUGCCGACGCCUCCAGCAUCCGCAUCCGAAUCCAUGGAGCUGGAUGAUGAACCCGUCAGUACUGUGAUGGCGCCUAAGCGCGCUCCCUCGCCUUUCGUCUUCAAUGGGGCCGAUGAGUCGGAAUCCACGCCCACUUACCGGCGCCGUGUGGGCAGGAAUGGGCGGCUGUGGAUCGAUCGUCGCCAUUGUCGACUGGCUAGUCCCCCCAGUGACACUGAGACGCCUCCUCAAAGUGACCAGUGCAAGUAUGAUCAAGACGAUAGCGAAGACGAACAAGCCGUCUACCACAUCGACCAGUACAGCACCUCAGCAAUGAGAUUCCGAACCACAAUCCCUGCACCGGGUCACCGAUACCCUCGCGGGCAUGUUGCAGAUGCUAAUGCACCUGCUCAUCCCGUCGCAGUUAGCCGGCCAGCUCUUCCACCCGUACCUGCACCAGCACCCCCGCAACCUUCGAACCAUGCCCAACCGCAGCCACAACCUCAACCAACCUAA